AUGGCUACCCCCAGUGUUCAUACCUUUGAUGCUGAGGGUCGUGCAGUUGACUUUGAGGUUUGGGUAUAUGACCUCCAGCUGUUCCUCCAGUGUGAUAGGGCAGAUGGCCUCUCCCUGUUUGACCUUACCUCUAGUGCCUCCCCUGCCCCGCCUGCUACUGCUGACAGCACUGUUCGCUCACAGUGGGCGACACGCGAUGCUGCUGCCCGUCUUGCUGUGCGUCGCCACUUACCAACCACUGAGUGUGCGCACUUUAGCCAUUACAAGAGUGCUCAGACCUUGGACCACUUCCUCUCAGUUUGCCCCACCACACUCACCGUUGACCUCCUCGAGGAGCGCCUCCUAGCAGCAGAGAAGAGCAUAGUCGCUGUAGGAGCCUUUUGUGGUGACCCUCGCACCGCCGUCUUUGAGGGGUGUUCCCCCUCCGCCCUUUUGCCCUCUGCUGCUUCUUCUGCUAGUGCCGACCUCGUUGGUUUCUACGCGGUCGGCGCUACGUCUGCCCAUAGCGGGAGACACCGCACCGGCAAGGGCAAGGGGGGCAAGGGAGCCGGAGGGGCUGGCGGGGGUGGUGGAGGUGGUGGUGGAGGCAGUGGCGGGGGUGGGGGUGGUGGUGGGAGUGGUGGCGGGGGUGGCGGCGGCGGUGGCAGCGGUGGUGGAGGAGGAGGCGACGGUGGUGGCGGAGGCGGCGGAGGCGGCGUCGGCGGCGUCGGUCAAGCUGGUCGCGACUCUGCGCAGACGAGUGGGUCUGGUGGUGGUCCGCGCUAG